ACUCAUCAGCUCACUCAGUCGAAUGGCGCGCGGCGAGAGGAUGUGCGGACUGCGGCCUAGCUAGUGCUUUGUCGCUUUCAGUGUUGUGUUACUCGUGUCCUAUACUAGUUCAUUGAUAGGUCUGUGCGUAAACAGUGUUCCACCAAAGCGAAACAUACUAGCCAGUUUUUAUUCAUAAAAAUGUGCCAAUAGUAAACUUUACCGUGCGCUUAACCAAAAUGGGUUCGAAAAUCGAAUACGUGGACUCGUCACAUUUGUACGCUACGAACUACGUCCGUAAUUCGAAAGCGAUUGGUGUGCUUUGGGCCAUUUUCACGAUAUGCUACGCGAUUAUAAGCGUUGUUGCGUUCGUGACUCCGGAAUGGAUCGGGGACCUCGAGACGGAGUAUCCGAGGAAGUUCGGCCUGUGGCAAGUUUGUCAGGCGGACGAGGCCGUGGAGGACUGUAAGGGCAAGCUGGACGAGUUCAUGUCGAUUAACGGAUUUGUGUUCAAAGUGGCGACGGUGCUCGUGGGCGCAGCCGUCACACUGGCCUUGUUUACCAUUUGUGCCAUGCUGUUGUUCUUCUUCUGUCAAUCGACGACAGUGUUCCACAUAUGCGGAUGGUUGCAGCUCCUUUCUGCUGCGUGCAUGGUGGCCGGCGUGGCGGUGUUCCCCGCGGGCUGGAGCGAGACCGCCGUGCAGGAGACCUGUGGGCCCACCGCCGACCAGUACAACAUAGGCCGCUGCCACGUGCGCUGGGCGUACCUGCUGGCAGUGAUCGGCUGCCUCGACGGCAUCGUGCUGGCGGCGCUGGCCUUCAUCCUGGCCACCCGCCACGUGCGCCUGCAGCCAGACACUGCCUACCCCUCGCCUUCGCUAUACAAAGGUGAAGUGAACAACGCCUACGUGACGGACGCGACGUCAGUGUCCGGCUCCCGCAAGUCGCUCGCGCUGCAGCCCGUGCUGCUCAUGCACCCGCACCCCCACGCGCCCCUCGACCUGGACACCUACUCCCAUUACUCCGGCAGAACGGCGCGCUCCAAGCACGGCAUCUACGCCAACACCAUGCACAACUACCAGCUGUAAACCACCACGUAGUUUACAACCACUCGGAUAGAUGGCAGUAUUUCAAAACAUCGUAGUUCACAACUGUAUUAAUAGAUGGCGCUACCUCAAGACAAGGUAGUUUACAAACAUAUUGAUAGAUGGCGUUAUCUCAUGAUGUUCCACUUCAAAUGACAACAUAGUUCAUGCCCAUUUAGCAGAUGGCGCUGUUGUAGAAUUUUAAUUUAGUUUUCACAUGGCGUUGUGUGUCACAUAUAAAUUGUUUGGAUUUUGUAAUUUGUUUGAACUACCAAAAUAUUUAACGAAUUUUAUUCUACUGUGUAAUUUAGUUAUAACUUAUAAUAAAUAGAUUGUCAUACCUUUAUUUAACAUUAAUUUUAUCAAAGAAUCUUUAUUGUUCUACGUAGGUUCGUACCUGACCUGAUAAUUUUUAAAUUGUAUAAUUUAGGUACUUAUUAGGUCUUUAUUUUGUAGAGUUUGUAAAUAGAUUUAAUAUUUUUAGUUAAAUAAAGUACAAUAGCACUUAACUAGACGUUAAUAAAUAUAAAAACCAAUUGUACAACGACGUUACUUGUGCCUUGAAUAAGAAUUUAUAUAAUUUUAGUAAAAGGAUUAAAGUUAAGUGAAUUUAUAAAAUUAUGAAUAAAGUAAGUUUUUAUGAAUA